AUGGUCUUAGAUAAAAAUAAAGAGCUCACUGAAGAUGAGAAAUUUGAACUACAGUUGCAAGCUGAACAGGAAUUGGGGAGAUUAGCCCGAACCUAUACUAUCCUAGAAAGAAAUAGGGCACAAAAAUGCGAUACGGGAGGAAAAUUAUUGAAACAACGUAAAGUUUUGGACAUAUUCAAAAGAGAACAAAAAAACAUUCUGACUGACCUAGCAGUUGCCUCAGCUGAUGCUAGGAAAGUAGAAGAUGAAAAGAAAUCCAAAGAACUGAAAUUUUUACUUAAUGAGUAUGACGAAUUCGACGCCGAAAUUAUUCAAAACAAAUCUCACAUAAACGAGAUAGACGGGCAAAUAAAGAUGGUUAAAAAAAAGGUACUCGAUUUGAGAUCGAAACAAAUAACAGAUGAAAUGUACCAACAAAGGGUAAUAACCGGAGAAAAAACCGUUCAAACAUUAGAAAAUAAACUCGAGGUCCAAAUAAAGAAAUUCUGUCAAAUUUCCUCCGAUAAUAUAAAGCUAAGAGAAGAAAUUAAUCAUUUGUUGAUGGAAAGGAAUGAUUUUAAUAAAAUAUGGGACACGUUGAUUAACAAUUUAGCGGUUGGUAAAAAAUUCAUGCUCGAUUUGAUUGAACAAGCAACUAUUGCUUACGAUCAAAGAGAAGAAUGGGUUUCAAAAUUACAAAUUCUGAGAACGAAAGCCCAUAAUGAUCUUAUAAGUCACAUACAGGACAUGAGAGUGAUGCAAAGGAAAAUGGACGACGAUGCAAAGCUACAAGAGUUUUUUUCGAUAAAAUGUCAAAAAAGGAUAAUGAAAGAUUUGGAAGAGAAAGAGCGACAAAAACGACUACAGAAUAAAGAAAAUAUGGAGAAAAAACUGGAACGGUAUCUUCAAAUUCUAAUUACCAUAAAAGAAUUUACCGGUGAGGAGAGGGUACACACUAUCGCUAAUAACUUUGUCACUCAAGAAGAAGAAAAUUUCGCCAUGUUCAAAUACAUCAAUCACUUGAACAAAGAAAUGGAGGAUUUGACAGAUAGUUUAGCGAAAGUACAGAUCAAAAUAGACGAACAACGAGCUUUGAAUGAUUUUCGACGUCAACAACAAGAAACUCGACUGGAAGAUUUGAAUAACCAAUUCGAAGAAGCAAAGAAAGCAGCGGCGCAGAAAGCAGACGAAUUGAAAAAUGUCGAUCAAAAAUUAAAGACAGUUCUCAACGGAAUCGGACAAUUAUUCAAGAUGUUUAGAUGCAAAAACGAUCCAUUGAUAAAGAUGCUCGGAGGAAAUCAAACUAUACAUAAUCACAACGUUUUGCUCUACCUCGAAAUACUGGAGAGAAAUAUUGAAGAAGCUAUGGUCACCGUGUUUUACAGAGAAAAAAAUCUGACAGAAAAGAAGAAAGGUAAACAGGAAGCAAUGACUUUGAAACAUAUAAAAUGUCCGCCUGUAAUCGAACCAAUAGAAAGAAUAGUUCUGACCAAUCCGUGUCCAUUGUGUGUUGAACAUGAACAAGUUAGUGACGUCAUAGACACUCUGCAAUUUGCGCUCACCAAAGAAGAAAUACAGGCUAAGCUGAAUUUGAAGAUAGAACAAGAAGGGGCCAACGAUAAAUUACAUAACGUAUCCGCUUGUCAUUUACCUAAAUCUAGACAGAUUAUUCAAAAAAGAUACCAAUAA